UACCUACCUGACUCCACAACCACUUGAGGAAAUUGCUUCCAUAACCCUGCUUCAAAGAGGAGAGAGGGCCGAUUUAAAAGAGAGUGGGUCAGAAUCAACACACGCUUAGGGUGAUUGAAGGAAAGGAAAUAUUUUCUCCUUGAACUUAUCUGGAUACAGUCAUUUUGUCUCCUCUUGGGGACUACCUGUUCAGCCUCAAUGGCCUUUCAGGACCUCCUGAAUCAAGUUAGGGGUCUGGGGAGAUUCCAGAUCCUCCAGAUGGUUUUCCUUAUAAUGUUCAGCAUCAUAGUAUACCAUCACACUCGGCUGGAGAACUUCACUACGUUCACACCUGAUCAUCGCUGCUGGGUUCAUAUACUGGACAAUGACACUGUUCCUGACAACAACUCUGGGACCCUCAGCCAGGAUGCCCUCCUAAGAAUCUCUAUCCCAUUCGACUCAAAUCUGAGGCCAGAGAAGUGUCGUCGCUUUGUCCGUCCCCAAUGGCACCUCCUUCAUCUGAAUGGGACCUUCCCCAACACAAGUGAGCCAGACACAGAGCCCUGUGUAGAUGGCUGGGUAUAUGACCAAACCUCCUUCCCUUCCACCAUUGUGACUAAGUGGAAUCUGGUAUGUGAUGCUCAGUCACUGAAUUCAGUAGCUAAAUUCCUAUUCAUGGCUGGAAUGAUGGUGGGAGGCAACCUAUAUGGCCAUUUGUCAGACAGGUUUGGAAGAAAGUUGGUGCUCAGAUGGUGUUACCUCCAGCUCGCCAUUGUAGGCACCUGCGCAGCCUUUGCUCCCACCAUCCUCGUUUACUGCUCCCUCCGCUUCUUGGCUGGGACUGCUACUAUUGGCAUCUUUACAAAUACUAUUUUAUUAAUUGUAGAGUGGACACCUCAUCAAUUCCAUGUGAUGGCAUUGACAUUGAUGCUUUGUGCUAGUGGUAUUGGACCUAUAACUCUGGGAGGCCUGGCUUUUGUGAUUCGAGACCAGCAGAUCCUCCAGUUGGUGAUGUCUGCACCAUGCUUUGUCUUCUCUCUGUUCUCAGGGUGGCUGGCAGAGUCUGCUCGGUGGCUCAUUAUUAACAACAAACCAGAGGAAGGCUUAAAGGAGCUUAGAAAAAUUGCACACAGGAAUGGAAUCAAGAAUGCUGAAGGCAUCCUAACCAUGGAGGUUUUGAGAUCCGCCAUGAAGCACGAACUAGAGGAUGCACAGAAAAAAUAUUCUCUUGGUGAAUUGCUCCGCAUGCCCAAUAUAUGUAAAAGAAUCUGUAUCCUGUCCUUUGGGAGAUUUGCAAAUACCUUACCUUUCUGGGGCUUUAAUUUGCACCUCCAGCAUCUGGGAAAUGACAUUUUCCUGCUGCAGACUCUCUUUGGUGUAGUCAUCCUCCUGGCCAUUUGUGUUGCACCUUGGGCACUGAAGCACAUGAACCGUCGAGUAAGCCAGAUGCUUCUCCUGUCGCUACUGUCAGUCUGCACCCUGGCCAUCAUCUUUGUGCCACAAGAAAUGCAGACUCUGCGUGUGGUUUUUGCAGUCGUGGGCUUGGGAGCUUCUGCUCUUGCCAAUACCAUAGGUAUUGCCCAAGGAAAUGAACUAAUUCCUUCCAUAAUCAGGGGAAGAAGUAUGGGAAUCACUUCAACCUUUGGUAAUAUUGGGGCAGCUCUGUCUCCCCUCGUGAUUAUCCUAAGCAUAUAUUCUCCAUCCCUGCCCUGGAUCAUCUAUGGAGUCUUCCCCAUCCUCUCUGGCCUUGUUAUUCUCCUCCUUCCUGAAACCAGGAACAAGCCUCUUCCUGACAGCAUCCAGGAUGUGGAAAAUGAGAAAAGAUGCUCCAGAAGAGCAGGGCAGGAAGAUACCUGCAGCACAGUGACACGAUUUUAAGGAAUUCCAGGUGCUGACUGCUGAUUAAACAGCAAGACAAAAGAAAAAUCGAGACAUUUCUAGAUAUUAGUAAAAUUCAAAAAAUAAAUAAAUAACAAGAUAUAAUGGAUAAAUACAUUCCAUUUACAACUUUGAUACUAAAUGAUUAAAUAUAAAAUGUCUACAAAUAAUCAUAAGAAGUUUGAAGAAAGUCAUAACACUUUAAAAGGAAUCAUAAUAGAACAUUUGAAUAAUUGUAUGUACUUAGCAUGUUUCUGGAUAUGAAGAUCAAAUAAUAUUAAAAACAAUGAUUCUUCAUCAAUUAUUUAAUAGAGUAAUUGCUGAAAUCAUUACAAUGUAAAAAACUCAUUUUUUGUAAGAACUUUAAAAAUAGUUCCAAAACUGAACAUCCAUAUACAGAAAGAUAAAACUAGACCUCAAAUCAAAAUGAAUUAAAAACUGGAAUCUAUGACCUCAAACUAUGAAACUACCACAAGAAGGCAUUGGAGAAAAUUUCCAGUACACUAGACUGUGACGGCUAUGGGGAAAUUUUCCUUUUACUUGAGAAAAGCAGAGGAAGAAGUAGAGGACCUUCGUAUUGCACCUUGGGUACUGGCACCACCACAGGUUGGCAGAGCACUAAGCAGGCUCUUGGGGUCUCUAAUUCUAGGACUAGAUUCUUAAAUGUUAUUUCUUGACCUGCCCUGGGCCAGAGAGGAGCCCACUGCCCCAGAGGGUAAGUCUCAGGCCAGGCAGCAUUCAUGACAAGCUGACUUAAGAUCUUGAACCUUAAGGAAACAUUGGCAGUAGGCUGGCCUCGUGGUCAGUGGUGGCAGUGGCUACAAGGCUAGGCUCCUCUGCCUUUGGAAAGGGGAGAAAAGAACAGAAAUAACUGCAUCCUUUGGUUUGAGGGUCAGCUCAGCCAUGAUACAAUAGAAUAACAAGCAGACUUUUCAGUUAUUUGAUUCUAGCCCCUGAUUCCCAAACAGCACUUCUGGACCCACUGACAGCCUGGAGGACCUGGCCACCCUGAGGAGAAGGACACAGGCCUAGCUGGCUUUGUCACCUGCUGAUUAUAGAACCCCAGGGCCUUAAAGGAACACAGGCAGUAGCCAGGGAGUGGUUACAGCAGGCCCUGGUGACAGUCAGUGCUAUGUUGGUCUUAGGUCUAACCUAGUGCAGUCCUGCUGGUGGUGGCCACAGGGGUGCUUGUGUCACUCCAACUCAAGAUUUAGUUGGCUGAAAGAAGAGACUCUAUAUUUUAGAUAAAGUAAGAAAAUGAAACAAGAGUCUCUGCCUCAUAAUCCAGAGAAAGUUUCCAGAUCUUUUCCAGGACCAUCAAGGCAAUAUCUCUAUGACAAUGUAAGAACCAUAGUGUUACAAGGCUUGGGGUGCCCCCCAAAGCAGAUAUAGCUUAGGUCACAACACCCAAGUCCUUUCAAAUAUAUGAAAAGCCUUCUGAAGAAGGGCAGCUUUACAUAAGCCCAGGCUGUGAAGACUACAACAUAUACCUAACUCUUCAAUGCCCAGAAACCUAAGAACAUCUACUACCAUCAAUGCCAUCCAGGAAAACAUGACCUUACCAUAUGAACUAAAUAAAGAUACCAGGGACCAGUACUGGAGAAAUAGAGAUAUGUGACCUUUCAGCCAGAGAAUUCAAAAGAGUUGUGUUGGGAAAACUCAAAGAAAUUCAAGAUAACACGGAGAAGGAAUUCAGAAUUCUUUAAGUCAUUUGCGACAGCACAGAAAGAACUGGAGAUAAUUACGCUGAGUGCAAUAAGCUAAGGACAGAAAGAAGAAAGACAAACAUUGCAUCUUC